ACAGGAAAUGGCGGAGUAUUUGGCCUCCAUCUUCGGCACCGAGAAGGACAAAGUCAACUGUUCAUUUUAUUUCAAAAUUGGAGCAUGUCGUCAUGGAGACAGAUGCUCUCGGUUGCACAAUAAACCCACCUUUAGCCAGACCAUUGCCCUCUUGAACGUUUACCGUAACCCUCAAAACUCUUCCCAGUCUGCUGACGGUUUGCGCUGUGCUGUGAGCGAUGUCGAGGUGCAGGAGCACUAUGAUGAGUUUUUUGAGGAGGUUUUCACAGAAAUGGAGGAGAAGUACGGCGAGGUGCAGGAGAUGAAUGUCUGUGAUAACCUCGGAGAUCACCUCGUUGGAAACGUGUAUGUGAAGUUUCGCCGUGAAGAAGAUGCGGAGAAAGCUGUGAUGGAUUUGAACAACCGCUGGUUCAACGGGCAGCCCAUCUACGCCGAGCUUUCCCCCGUGACCGACUUCCGGGAAGCCUGUUGCCGCCAGUAUGAAAUGGGAGAGUGUACACGAGGCGGCUUCUGCAACUUCAUGCAUCUGAAGCCCAUUUCCAGAGAGCUGCGGCGGGAGCUGUAUGGGCGCCGGCGCAAGAGGCAUCGAUCGAGGUCCAGGUCCCGGGAGCGUCGCUCUCGGUCUAGAGACCGUGGUCGUGGCGGAGGCGGUGGUGGAGGCGGUGGGGGACGGGAGCGUGACAGGAGGCGGUCAAGAGAUCGUGAGAGAUCUGGGCGAUUCUGAGCCAGGCCAUUUUUUACCGUAUGUCUGCUAGCAAGUGUUG